UUACAGACCGCCGGACCGGUCCUGCUCUACUCCUCUUCCCUUCCCCGCAGCUGCUUCAUCUCCUCUCGUCGCCUCGCUUGCGCUCCCCCCGGGCCCAUCCGGUUCCGCGGUUCCUGCCACGGCAAGAAGCAGCUCUCGGUAGUGGAAGAUAGAAAUAGCAUGCAACUUUCAGUUCCUGGUCAAGCUUGAAUUGUGAAGUGGUGUCAAGGAGAGGUGGGGACUACUUUACCCAAGUGCUCGAUGACAGAUCAGUUUGUUCCUGUGAGGGUUCUUCUUCUUUUGUUAUUAAGUUCAGCAUGUUGGGCUUCUGAAAAUGAUGUCCAGUGCUUGAAAGCUGUGCAGAACUCAGUGGUUGAUCCUAAUGGUAUACUCAAAUCCUCAUGGAUUUUUGACAAUUCCACUGCGGGUUACAUAUGCCGAUUUACCGGUGUGGAGUGCUGGCACCCGGAUGAGAACCGAGUUCUUUCUUUGCACCUCAGCAACCUUGGCCUUCAGGGUCCAUUCCCUCGAGGUCUUCAGAAUUGUACCAGUAUGACUGGGCUGGAUCUGUCAAUUAACAACUUUUCAGGGCCCAUCCCUCCAGACAUCUCCCGGCAAGUGCCAUUUGUGACAUCUCUGGACCUAUCCUAUAAUGGUUUUUCAGGCGAAAUCCCAGAACUUAUCUAUAACAUGACAUACCUAAACACACUCAAUCUCCAACAUAACCAAUUGAGUGGUCCGAUUCCGGGGCAGUUCACUUUAUUUACUCGGUUGACAUCAUUCAAUGUCGCAGACAACCGACUAUCAGGGCCUAUUCCAUAUUCACUAGGUACUAAAUACCCGGCAUCAAACUUUGCUGGUAAUCAAGGACUCUGUGGGACUCCAUUAGAUGAUUGCCAAGCUUCAGCAAAGAGCAAGAGCACUGCUAUAAUCAUUGGAGCUGUUGUUGGCGUGGUAGUUGUGAUCGUAAUUGGUGUAAUAGUUGUGUUCUUUUGUCUGCGGAAACUGCCAGCCAAGAAGAAGGCGAAGGAUGAGGAUGAAAAUAAGUGGGCAAAGAGUAUCAAAGGAACAAAAAUCAUCAAGGUCUCUAUGUUUGAGAAUCCAGUUUCGAAGAUGAAACUAAGUGAUCUUAUGAAGGCCACCAAACAAUUUAGCAAAGAAAAUGUCAUAGGUACUGGGAGAACAGGAACUAUGUACAAGGCAGUGCUACCUGAUGGUUCUUUCCUAGCUGUCAAAAGGCUACUGCAUUCACAGCAUUCUGAAUCGCAGUUCACAUCGGAGAUGAAGACACUUGGCCAGGUAAGGUACCACAACUUGGUUCCUCUCCUGGGAUUUUGCAUUGCAAAGGAGGAGAGAUUGUUGGUGUACAAGCACAUGCCCAAAGGUUCACUCUAUGAUCAGUUAAACCAAGAAGAAGGUAGAGAUAGUAAGAUGGACUGGCCUCUGAGGUUAAGAAUCGGUAUUGGUGCAGCAAAAGGGCUUGCAUACCUCCACCACACCUGCAAUCCUCGAAUUCUUCACCGUAACAUUAGCUCCAAAUGCAUCCUCUUGGAUGAGGACUAUGAGCCAAAGAUAUCAGACUUUGGACUUGCUAGGCUUAUGAAUCCAAUAGACACCCAUCUCAGCACCUUUGUCAAUGGGGAAUUUGGAGACCUUGGUUAUGUGGCACCGGAGUAUGCACGCACUCUGAUGGCCACACCGAAGGGUGACGUCUACAGCUUUGGCGUGGUUCUUCUUGAGCUUAUCACUGGUGAGAAGCCUACUCACGUUUCCACUGCUCCAGAGAAUUUCAAGGGGAGUCUAGUAGAAUGGAUCAAUUAUCUGUCAAACAACACGCUUCUCCAAAACGCUAUCGAUAAGUCGCUGAUAGGGAAGGACAAUGAUGGUGAGCUCAUGCAGUUUCUGAAACUCGCGUGUUCCUGCACAUUCUCCACUCCAAAGGAAAGACCAACAAUGUUCGAGGUUUACCAGCUCCUUAGAGCCAUUGGGGAAAGGUACCAUUUCACAGCCUAUGAUGACUUGGUGCUGCCACCUCUGAACACUAAUGGAGAAACCCUGGACGAACUCAUUGUUGCCCAGUAAUUGUGAAUCCAUAUUGCAGAAGACAAACAGAUGGUGAUUCAGGCUUUUCUGUUUCCCUCCAUGGGCAUUACCAUGCUCAAAUGAGUCAAGUGGCUUUAGAUAUACCCAUUAGUAGCAGUAUUAUGUACUAAUUAGUAGCAGUAUAUACUGCAUCCGCUGUAUAGUUCUUGACUUGUAGUUUGCUACCCUUGGGAGGUGCUAGUAGCAGCAAGGAUAUUUUUCGUACAACCAAUUUGGUGAUGAGGUAGUUGUUACCUGUAAGCUUUUACCCUUGUGCCAUGGGGUUUUGCAGCCAUUAUGCAGUAGCUCCUGGUAAGACAUUUCACAUUGCCCUUCUUUGUAAUAGUUUUUACCAGAUAUUUAGAGAAUCUAAACAUGCGAAUGUAUGUCUGAAAUGGCAUCUUAUGUUGGAUAGAUUCUUUAGCCAACAUAUCCUGGUGAUCAGUCCAUAUACUUGAGUUUCAA